GUAGUAAAAUUAUUAUCAGUUCAAUUGAACUCGGUGUGUGGAGAAUGAUAAGCCGGCGGGCUCAGUAAUAAAUGGUGUGAUCAGUGGCUCAUCGCAGUUGAGAGUCCAGUUGAGUUGUUUCCAGCUACGUUGCAAGAUGUUCCCCACUUGGCUAAUACUGUGCAUCAGCGUUCUAGGACUGUGCCAGGCAAAUGUUAUAUUUCACUUUGCGCUGGAUUUCCAUGUGAAACAGCCGGAAAAUUCAACGGAGCCCAUAGACAAAACCAUCCUGGUAGAUCAUAAUCAGGUCUUCGUACAGGACAGUAAAGUAAAUUCAUCCUGGCUCGAGCAAGAUCGGUAUACUGAGGAGGCGUGGCACCUAUUGAUGGACACCAAGCGCGUGGUGCAACAACUGAAUGUGGAGCUCUCUCCCCUGGUGGGCCGAAGCAACGAUCUGGCAGCUCGCCUCAAGCAAACCAUGCGCUAUGCAAACGAUGUGGACGCGUGCCUAGAGAAUGGCCAUUUCGGCCAGCAGGUGGAGCAGUUGCGCAAGUACGUCACCCUGGUCGAUGCUCUCAAACUGCCAAGCAACACGGCCGGAUCGCGCACCCUGGAAUUUGUGGUGCUCAAGCUGGCCCUGGAGAAGUAUCAACUGCCAGCCAAGCAGCUGCAGGUCGCCGACUAUCUGCAGCGGGCGGAUGCUGCGUGGACGACAUAUAAAAAUACACAGAUCAUUCUAGCAGAUAGCUGAAUCUAGAAUUCCUAU